AUUUUAUACAUAUAUAUUUAUAUAUUCUUUCUAUAUACUAUUAGUCAUGGCAACACAUAUAGCUCAACAACAUCGAUUACUAAGAAGAUCUUUAUCUACAUUAGUUUUAUCUGCAACAUUGAAAAAACAGGGACUUCUACUAUCCCGACAAGUACCACUACGUUGUUACACCGCUCCUUCUUUGACUCAUUCUACCCACGCUGAACAAACUGCUACUUCUGUUACCAGGGGUUCUGGUAGUCAUUCUGAUCACCAUGAAAGGGCCACUGAAAUCAAGGAUGCCAAAUUAAUAUUUAAUCAAGCUUGGAAGAAUAUUGAAGACCAUUAUGGUCGGGAAAACAUUCAUCUUCCACGUGAAUUCAUUUUCCUCAUGGGUGCACCUGGAUCUGGAAAAGGUACGCAUACACCAUCUAUCUUACGUGCACGGGGCAUCACCAAUCCACCUAUUUCUGUCUCUCAGCUAUUACAAACACCUGAAUGCAAAGAAUUAAUCAAUCAAGGUCAAAUGAUAUCAGACCGUUAUGUGAUGGAACUGAUUUUUCACGCUAUGUUACAUGGGGAUCCUACUGUGGGUAUACUAAUCGAUGGGUUUCCUAGAACAGAUAUUCAAGUCGAAGCUUUACGGAUGUUACAUGACAAGAUGAUUGAAUUACGUCGAGAAUUCUGGAACACUGCUCUUCGUGAUCAAUUCCCUCGCCCUGUCUUUCGAAUCGCAGUACUUUAUGUAGAUGAAGAAAUCUCGGUACAACGACAAUUAGCUCGCGGUAGAAUGAUUCGUGAACAUAAUAUUGAUGUUAGAAAAACUGGUCAAGGGGUAGUAUGGGAAGAAAGAGUGACGGAUAAUAAUGAAACGUUGAUCCGAGAAAGAUAUUCUAUAUUCAAAGCUCAUUAUGGCUCCUUACUCAAAUUAUCCAAAAUGUUCCCGUUUCAUUUGAUCAAUGCCACUGGAACCAUCAAGGAAGUCAUGCAAAUCAUCUUGAAGGAAUUUGAAUACCAAUCAUCUUUGGAACUAGAUAGUGAAACUUUUGAUUCCAUUUCACAUAUUCCAGUGGCCACACAAAUUGGUAUUCAUGCUAGACAGGAUCUUAUCAACCGAUUAGAACAUUAUCAACAAACUGAACCCAAGAUGCUACAUGAAGCUAUUGAUUUUAUCGACUCCCAAGUGAUGCCUCUAGUGAACAGACAUUCUAUUAGUGGUCAUGCCAACUUUAGAUCGGAGGACGGACGAUUAGCAAAUAGUCAUUUUGUAGAUAUGGUGAUGGACAUCAUGAGUGAACGUGGUUAUUUUAUCAACUUUGAUCAACGAGUACAUGAUGUACCCAAACGAAUUGAUCUCCAAACUGGCGAAAUAGAUUUAGAAACACAUUACACUUACUUGCUCAAUAUAGAAUUCCCCAAGCAUUAUAUUCGUGCUUUAGAACAAAAAUUUGAUUGAUUGAAUAAAAAAAAUGAACAUGUAGACUUUCAUGACAAAAUUC